CCAAAUCAGGGAAUCUGAUUAGGUUCCCUGCAUUCUCGUACCCAGAUCCUACUCUCGCGGCCUCUAGCGGAAGAUGAAAUAGGGUCUGGGUACGAGAAUGGGUUCCCUGAAGAGAGGAUUAUAUUGGAGCCUGGUUAUUAGGCACUGCUAUGAAAAGUUGGAUUUCCUGUGCUAUCAAAUGUCAACAUGAGCUUUCGGGUUAAUAAGAUCUUUGUGGCCCUCUUUGUAGGGAUUGCGGCUACCGUCGUUAACUCCUCAAAGUUUCUCGCAAUCCCCUACUCUUCCAACAGUCAUUACUUUGCAAUGAAGAAAAUUUCCAAAGAGCUUGCUGAACGAGGACAUGAGGUUGUAAUGCUUGGUUUUCAAAGUAAACAGAAAGAAACCAAAAUUCACCCUAAUGUCAACAUCGUUACAUGUGCACAAACUGAUGCCAUUGGUCUCCAUGAGGAUCUUGCAGCAGAACUCUUACGAAGCAAAAAGAGCAUAAUGCAGACAUUGUCAUUGGUGGAGGAACUGAACACUAAACUGUGUGACUGUAUUUUUACUGACAAUGAACUAAUAGAUCAGUUUAAAUCCUGUGAUGUCAUGAUAAAUGACAUAUCACUUUUAUGUGCAUCAGCCAUCCAUGAUCUACUGAAAAUUCCACGAGUAGUAUUCUACAGUGGUCUUGUUCCCCCGACGUUGCAUUCCUGGAUGCAUGGCAUACCUAUGCCACUUUCUUACAUUCCCAACAUGGGAACUGGGUUUUCCAACAGGAUGAACCUUUUGCAGCGUGCUGGAAAUGUUGUCUCUUUCUCAAUAGUGUCUGUUUACCUUUACUUGUAUGCUACGGGUGUUGGCAACAAAAUAAAGGCUCGUUAUAACAUCACACCUGAAAAGGGUUACUGGGAAUCAGACUGUGACAGUGAUUUAGUCUUGAUGCAAACUGACUUUGUUAUUAAUUAUGCAAGGCCUCUUCCUCCAGCUGCAGUUACAAUUGGUCCACUUUCUCCUGAACCAGCUAAACCUUUGGCAGAUGAACUGGAGAAUUUCAUGAACUCUCCUGAGGGGGUGGUUGUGGUGUCAUUUGGCUCAGAAGCUGAGGCAGCUAUUUUAGGGAGUGAUAUCAUGGACAAAAUGAAUACAGCUUUUGGUCAUCUGAAGCAAAAAGUGCUUUGGAAACUGAAAGAUAUGCCAACAAUAUCUGUGGCCAAAAAUAUAAAAGUGUUGCAGUGGAUACCUCAGAAUGAUGUCCUUGGUCAUGUGAACACCAAAUUGUUUAUAACCCAUUUGGGUCACAAUGGGAUGUUUGAAGCAGCUUAUCAUGGCAUUCCUAUGGUUGGGACCCCUUUGUUAUGGGAUCAGUUUGAUAAUGGUGCAAUGAUGGAAGCUGCUGGCCUAGGAAUCGUUGUAGAGAUUCGUAGUAUUACAGCAGAUGAACUACUUACAGCCAUAGAAAGGGUGCUCUAUGAACCAAGUUUCAGAGCAAAUGCUACCCGAGUGUCCAAACUUCUCAAAGACCGCAAAAGGACCCCGGUGCAAGAAGCCGCUGAUCAUUUGGAAUAUGUACUCAGACAUAAUGGCACCAAACAUUUGCGUCCAGCGGUCCUCGACAUACCAUGGUAUCAGUACUUCUUGCUUGACAUCAUGAUCUUCCUGGUUACCAUAGUAGCUGUGGUGUUGAUCUUUUUUAUAUCCGUAGGAAGAUGGGUGGUUGGACUUUGCUGUAAAAAAGUCAAAACUGACUGAAAGUAAUUACUGUAGUUUUCGUUGUAUAUUAUUACUUUAAUCUCUAGGAGGAAAUAGCCGAUGAUUACAAAUCGCGAACGGCUUGGUUUGAGCUGAAAGUCACACGACAAAAAUUACUAAUCACCAGUUAAUAAAACGUAAAUACAUAAUACAAUCAAAGUUAAAUCAUUGCAUCAGUAUAUAUCGUUUUCGGUCGGGUAUCCUAGUCAUUUUUAGUCCUAGUAUCUUUAUCACGAUCUGUCCGGACAAGUCCACGGUGUCCUGCAGCUACAGGCUGCGAGCAAAGUUGUAUAAAAUACAACCAAAUAAAAAUGUUAUUUACCGGCUAUAGGUCGGUCCGUAUAAGAAAACACUACCCUCGGUCUUCGCUGCGCUCGAUCCUUACUGUCAAGACCUCGGGCAGUGUUUUCCUAUACGGACCUCCCAGCCCGUAAAUAACAUAUACGUUUUUUUAGUGUGUGAAAGUAUACUUAGAGGUUGGGCGCGCGUAGAUACCGAUCUUCUCGUGCUGAAAAGAUUAAAAUAUGAUGAUUAUGAUAAGAAGGUAUAUUACUGAUUAUAGUCAGAAACCUAUUAAUAAGGGACUUGAAUUUCAAGUCCCUUAUAGGUUUCUGAUAUAGUAUAAAUACAACCUUGCCCAUUUUGCACUAUAAGUCCAUGUCCAUUUUCUGUGGUCUGGUAUUUCAAAUUAGCGAAGGAAUUCACACCUCGCUAAUUAUUAAAUUGAGAUGAGAUUAAUCCUAUUUUGUUAAUCAGAUAAGUUGCUAGUACAGGAAGUACCGUUAAAACUAAGAGAAACGCCGCUUCCUGGCCUCUACCUGUCGUAUCGAAAUCUAGGAUCGCGCCGAGGGAAGGAUACUUGACGAUGUCCAGCAAACGAACAAGUUCAACAAGCGAUAUAGAAAACCGAAUGCUGAUUCAAAAUGCCUUACCUAAAGUUAAUUACAUAGUUCGUAAUUAUACAUAUCAUUGGUAAUAAAUAACAAUAGAUUUUGUGAUGUAAUUUCUA